CCACAAUGCCUAUACUGCAAUUAUACACAACACUGCCGGCUCAUCGGGUGCCGCAAGACUUUCCCCAUAAGACAACUGUUGUGUUAAGUGAAGUGAUAGCUAAUACCCCGUCAAAAAUGAUAAACGUUCACGUGAUCACUGAUCAAAACUUUUAUACCGGCAAUAACCCGGAUCGCAGUAAGCAUAGCGGUUACGCUGUGCUGUACGCGAUGGCUACCGGCAGUCCCGAUGAUAACCGGCGUAUUAUUACCGCGUUGUACGCACACGUCAAACAGGAGUUGGGUAUCGACGAGAGACAGUUUUUUGUGUGUAUUAAUGAUGUCGAUCCCAAUUUGUGCGGACUAAAGGGCAAAUUGUUGGCCGACCUGCUCAAGUAG